UGUCGUUUUCAGAACAAGGCUACUCCAAACUCAACACUAAACAUUUCAGUCUAUUCUGCUAUUUCACCACCACCACUCCAACUACUUACCUCUCGACACAACACUUCUCUCUACUUCUGGUCUCUGCGAUAUACCUCGAGUUGCCAUCAUCUACUGUACAACUCACUCUUACUUCAAAUCCACCAACUCUCCAACUUUCAAAUAACCACAAUGGCCACCGUCAUCGCCGCACAACUCGCCCGCCCUUCCAUCCGGCACUUCUCAGCCCACCGCCCACGCCCCGAUAGUCGUGCGGCUCGUGCUGUCGCCAUGUCCUGCCUUGUCUCCGGCGUGGUUCUCCCCUUCGUACCGCCCGCCCUCGAGAGCUCGCGUCAACGAAACUCGAACUCGCCAGACAGCACCAAGUGA